AUAAAGAGUCUAUUGAAGAAGAAUUUUGACUCUCUAAGGCAAAGCAUAUUGAAGACGAACGGUUUCUUCAAGCACUCUCUCUUUGCAAACCGCAAGAACAAGAUGGAAAACCAACUGGCGCUGCAAAACAAGGAACACUCUCAAAACCCAGUUGAAGGAUCUAAAGAUGAAGCUUCUGUUCAGCUUCCAGCUCCUCCUUCUUGGAAGAAACUGUUUUUACCCAAGAAGGGAGGUGCACCAAGGAAGAAUGAUAUCGUAUUUAUAGCACCUACUGGCGAGGAGAUCAGUAAUAAAAAACAGCUCGAGCAAUACUUAAAGUCGCACCCUGGAGAUGUUGCGGUAUCAGAUUUUGAUUGGAGUACAGGUGAGACACCCAGGAGAUCUACUAGGAUUAGUGAGAAGACCAAGGCAACCCCACCACAGGAAGAGCCCCCAAGGAAACGAGCAAGAAAAUCUCCAGGUUCAAAAAAGAAGGAACACAGUGAAACUGAGAAAUCUGAGGGUGUGAAAGAAACUGAAAUUAAAGGUGCUGAAAUGUCUGAGAAGGAGAAUGCUGAAACUGAGAAAGAAAAGGAGAACUCCAAGGAUGAAGAACCUAACAAAGAAGAUGAAACAAAACAAAAAGAACUUGAAACUGCCAAGGAUGAAGAGCCUAAAAAUGAAGGUGAAAAAGAAGAAAAAGAAAUUGAAACUGCCAAAAAUGAAGAGCCUAGAAAAGAAGAUGAAACAAAAGAUGAAGAGGCCAAGAAGGAAGAUGUAAAAUCAAAAGAAACAGAACAGAAAACCACCACAGAGGUGGAAACUUCACAAGAUAAUAAAGAGAACACUGGGAUUGAAAAUGUUCCUGGCGAUGCAACGGAAACAAAGAAUGGCCAGUUGGAUACUGAGGAUGAUGAAAAAGUAGAAGAUCGAAGUUAUGAGAAUGUUCAGAACCAAGAGGAUGUCACAGCUGGUGAAAAAGUGGCAUUGGAGGUUGGUCAAGAUAAAGGAGAAAAGGGGCCACAAACUGAAGCAGAGAAAGCUAUUGAUUCAUGCUGUAUGAAACAGGAAAAGGCAAACGUUGGUAAUACUAAGGAAAAUGGGGUUGCUGAACAAGAGAAUUGCAGUGGAACUGAAAAAACACCGGCAUCUGAGGGAAUGGUCACGGAAAAUGAAGACACACAAAAGCAUGGUGGAAAACGUGACAUCCAGGCCGAGAGCAGAGGGAACGAAAACUUGAGCGAGGUGACUGCAAUCAGUAAGUAAAACAAGUUAUCUCUCUCCGCCAAUACCCCCUCCCCUACUUCCCCGGUCAUCAUCACAACUUGCACAGCCAAAUGGACUUGCCACCACCAUUUUGUAAGUUGGCUGGUUCCCUCCUUUUGUAACUUUGAAAUUGCUACAAUGACUGUAAUUUAAUGUUGUUAAGGCUAGACUUGGUUGGGAAAAAAAAAGUUAACUAUUCUGAUGGUAGAUGAGUUGUAGUUUUGUUUUUUUGUUUUCUUUCUGGCUGGUAGAACCCAAGCCAACUGACUGUUAUUGUUAAUGAAACUUGAUCACCUGUAGUUUUUGUUUUUCUCUUAUGCUAUAAGUAGGUUAAAUUUACCAUCUCUGACAUCAGGCAUUUGUAUCUGUUGGAUCAUGUAAUAAAUGAAUUAGAAGAAGUUUCCGAUA